AUCAGGUUUUCAUAACGGCGUUACAUUUAUGUAAAUCAAAAUGUAAUGUUUUUGAGAAAAAAAAGUAGCUCAUGAGAACGCCUUAAAAAUCUAAUUACGGUUUACUAGUCUGUUUACUUGUAUUCCGUAUGGGACUAGUCGGAAUUUUCUUUUUCGUAAUGCUAUUACAGCAAAAUCGAUCAAAUUUUAUUCUGAGAAUAUGUCAAAAGUUUAGUCUUUCUCCACAAGAAAGGAUGUGGUUGAUAGUUUACAAAGAAUUUGAUAGCAUGGUUUUAGAGCUAGAUAUGAAGGUUAACGAUCAGAUUCAACGUAAGACAGAAAAAACUACAACUGACAUAAUUUUUCAAAUAACAAAAUAUAUGUCCUUCGACUUUCGCGUUCGUUUUACAACGUGGAAAAAAUGUUUAUUUCUGACUUUGAAACAAAUACUGAAUAUAACUUAUACAGCCCAUAUGCUCAUCAGUGAAGUUAAAAGAAAGGCAAAUGUUUGGCUUCCCAAACGAUAUAUUUACGUCAUUAUUUUUACAUAAAGCAUUAAUUAAAUCUUGCACAAAAAUAAAAUAAUGAUGAGUAUUUAACACUAACACUAUCUCAAUUCAGCUUUCUUACUUUUAUUUCUAUUCACGUAAUUAAGCAAUGGUUUUAGAUAUAUGUCAAGGUAUAAACAUUUAGGGUUGCUAUCAAAUCACGCACCCGAACAUCAUCUUUUUCUGACUGUAGAUUUCUUUCAUUUACGAUAAGUGUUCGAUGAAAUCGAUAGGAUUUUCUUGUCUAACGAAAUAAUGAUAAGUCUCCAUGUGAUCUGAUGAGGUCAUGCAUUCAACUGAUAUUCUCCAUUUGAGCUCGUAUGUUGUUCAUAGGUACAAUUCAUAGCAUAGAUAAAAAUUCUGACAGAAUUCAUGCAAUUACGCUUUUCUUCUUUAAUUAUGUUCAUGUACUGAAUAUGUUUGUCAGUAUAUAUUCUCUAUUCAUCCAAACUCACACUCACAUCCACACCCGGCAGUUCUCAAUAUACAAAAACAAAAAAAGAGUCUUCCUCUAUAAUCUUUAGAUGAUUUUAUUGUUCAAUACAUUCAUCAGCAAGAGCAGUGUAGAUUGUAUAUCAGAUAUUCUAUUUGAAUACAUAUAUGAUGUUUAAGUAUUGUUUUAGUCGUCUCCUGUGUAGAUAAAGAAAUAAAUUUAGAACAAUGCGGUAUGUUAAUUUUCAUUUGAUACAUGGUUGUUUAGUGAGAUAUACAUAUCUAUUCUGUUGCUAGAACUGCAAAAAGUUUUUUAUAAGUAUGGAAAAAAAUUCCCUACAUUCUGACUCGUCGUUCUCUAAAUCAUCACGACACUAAGUAUGGAACUCUACUAAUAAGUCAAAUAGUACAUUUUAAUAUGUUGUUGUUGGAUAUUAAUAUACUAUUCUGUUUUUUAAAAUCCACUAAUGUAAUUUAUGUUACGUGUUAAAAUCUAAAAUCUAAAAGUUUACUAGAGUAUAAACCAAUGAUGAAAAAACGUAAACAAUAACAAUCAAAAUCAUAUUUAUAGUUGUACAAGAAAACAAAAGUAGCGAUGCGAACAACAUUUUAAUUCUUUCAAAAUGACUUCAUCAACAAUUAUGAUUUAAUGUUCUAUAUUGUUCACAAUCAUCAAAUUACUUGAAACGUCCACAUUGUUUAUUUUUAUCAAGCAUGUCUUUAAUGAACUAUCAUAUUUAAUGAAGAUUGAUCGAAGAAUUUCUAUUAUAAAAAGUUUGUUUUUGUUUAAUUUUCUUCUCUAUUUAAUGAUGUUAUUAAAUUUUCUAUGUUUUCUAAUAUUCAUUCUUCUAAUUCUAUUUUCAGUCUCUUGUGAUUUGAUAUCAUUAUUAAUACAAUUAAGUGAACCUAUCUUUCAUCUUUUUUUUUCCCCUUAGAAACAAUGAUUUGACACAUAUUGCUUAGCUGUUAUUGUUUUAAUUCUAUAAAAAAAAAAAAAAAAAAAGAUUGCACAGAUGUACUGCGAAGAAAAAAAAAUACAUAAAACAAAUCAUAUUCGUUCAUCGAAGCAUAUUAAGACAACUUUUACUUAAAUUGAACGACUUGAGAGCUUUUUUGUCUAAUUAAAAUCAACCACAUGGAAGAAUUCAAACAAAAAAAAAAAAAGACAUCAUUGAAAAAAUGACCUACGAAAUAAUUAAUGAACUUGUUGUUAAAAUUAAAUGUUCAACAUUCUGAACAAUCUAUUGAAUAUUUUAAUAUACAUAAGAGUUUGUUUUUUUGGUGAAUAGGACAAUUGAUUUUAUUAUAUUUUUGAGUAAUGAAAAACUGACUAUGCACUCUUUCACUAUGUGAGUCAUAGAGUCUUUCGAAGAAUUGAAACUAAAAUUGAACAAUUAGUUAGCUUCAUUUAUCUUCUGUUUUUUUGGUAAGUGUUAAAAUGUCUCGCAACAAGUUAUCCCCAAGAGAUUAUACAACAUAGAUGAACAAAAAAAAAAAAAAGAUCUAUGUCGAUGUGUUAUACAUGUAAUUUUGUCGACAAUGAACAUCUUCAUUUCAUUCAUACUAAAUGAUGUUGAAUGAUUAACGAGUCAUAAUAGAAAAACAAAAUUGAUUAAUUUGAAAUUCAGUCAUUUUUUUUUUCGAUUGGUUAAAAAAAAAUGCGUUUUGUUUGUUUCUUAUUGGUUAGAAUAAAAAAAAGAAAAGUUAAUUUUCAUCUUGUAAAUGGCAGCUAUAAACAAAAUGAACAAAAAACAAGAAGAAAGAAAGAAUCGUGAUUUGGAAGAUGUAUGGAAAAAAGUCGUUAGUUAAUCUAUAAAACAAGUAACAGCAAAAUUUUGUCUGUACUUAAUUCUCAUGAGAGCAUAAGAAGAAGAAGAAGAAAAAAGAAAAAGACGAACGGACUCUUUUUUUUUUCUCGUUAUCGUUUGAAUUUUUUUUCUUUUAAAGCAUCAUUGAUGCAUAUCGAUUCGGUACAAUAGUUGUUGUCGUCUCUUUUAAUCAAGUUUCUCUCUUUUUUUUUUUCUCUAUUCUUCGAAUAACUCGAGACGAGUCAUUGGCUUUUCUCGUCAUUUUGGCAUGAUGUUCGCUUGAAGAAAUAUUCAAUCUAUCAUAUCAUAUAUAGAGACAGCAGUAACGCUCUAUUGAAGUCUUUUUUUUUUUUUGCUUCUGUCUAUCUUUCUCUUCCCUUCAUUGACUUUUGGAGACUGUCUCUCAUUUGUGCACAAGAGGCUUGUUCCUGUGCGAAACCAUGUUUCCGUUCAACCAGUUCGUUGCAGCUCAAUACCGAUAUUCCAAAUUCGGUAGGUGCUCUGUAUAUUUUUCCCCUAUCGAUUCUUGCCUCCCUCCUUUUUUUUUUUAUCCCUUUGUGCUCCAAUGAAUCGCGAGAGUUUAUAUUAUCUAUUAGUAAACUCAUCAUUGGCAUAAUCAAUAUAUUUAUAUCUUUUAUAGGACAUGGAGGUAUUAAUCAACUCGGUGGAGUUUUUGUUAAUGGUCGACCAUUACCAGAUCUUGUUCGUCAAUCCAUUGUUGAUUUAGCUAAACAAGGUGUACGACCAUGUGAUAUAAGUCGACAAUUACGAGUAUCACAUGGAUGUGUUAGUAAAAUUCUUGGAAGAUAUCAUGAAACAGGUUCAAUUCGUCCCGGUAUUAUUGGUGGAAGUAAACCAAAAGUUGCUACACCAAAAGUUGUUGAUGCUAUAAGUAAUUAUAAAAGUCAAGCACCAACAAUGUUUGCAUGGGAAAUUCGUGAACGUCUUAUUGCUGAUGGAAUAUGUGAUUCAGAUAAAGUACCAAGUGUUAGUUCAAUUAAUAGAAUUGUUCGUAAUCGUGGAAAUUUAAAUGAUAAUUCAAAAUCAAAUAAUCAUAAUAAUAAUAAUAAUUCAUCACCAACAACAUCAAAUGAAACAACAACAACACCAUCAGCUGUUAUAAGUGGUACAACAAGUAAUGAAGAGGAUAGUCGAAGUCAUCCAACAGGUGUAUCAUCAUCACCUAAUGGUUAUAGUAUUCAUAGUUUACUUAAUCAUUCACAAUAUAAUUUACAUUCAAAUGAGUAUUCAAUAAAACGUUCUCAUCAUCAUCACCAUCAUCAUCAUCAUGGAUCUCGUAUAAAUCAUCAUAUCGAAAUGCUUGAUUAUAAACAUUUUUCGGCUGAACAAAUAAAUUUUUUGGAUAAAUUUUUUAAAGAUAAUCCAUGGGCUGAUAAUGCACAAAUUGAAUCAAUUGCUAAAGCAACUGGUUUUGCAGAAUCAACCAUUAAAAUUUAUAUUGAUCAACGUCGUGCUAAAUGGAAUUCAAUGUAUACAUCAAAUAAUUAUCUUAAUUAUAAUACAAAUGAUUUUUCAAAUGAUUUAUCAACACAAUCAUCAUUUCAUAAUGUUAAUCAACAUUUUAUUGGAAAUAAUAAUACAAUGAAAAAUGAUUUUGAUAUACCGUCAACACAAUCGAAUGAACUUUUUUGUACGUCAUCAACAUCUUAUCCAACAUCAACAACAAAUUUUUCAAUACCAGCACAUGGAUCAGAUUAUUAUUCUUCAAAUCCAUAUUCAACUGAUUGGCGUUAUUCAUCAUUUUCAAAUUUUAGUAAAUAA